ACUCCAGCGAGUGGUGACGAGCGAAAAUGUUGUGGCCGUCCACGCUGCCUAUAACACCCCGAUAAGCGCUCCACGCAUGGAGUUGAGCUCAGAGCGUGUGCUGUCACCGCUGAAGAUGUCGCAGACGGCGAGUCAAGGUGGCCAGCCCGCUCCCGGCGACGGCGACUACGAGACCUUGCCCCCUCAUGUCUCGGUGACGACGCACAUGACAGCGGGCGCAGUGGCUGGCGUGCUGGAGCACACGGUCAUGUACCCGGUGGACUCCGUCAAGACAAGGAUGCAGAGCCUGCAGCCCGACCCCAAGGCCCAGUACAGAGGCGUCUACGAAGCCCUGAGAAGGAUCAUCCGCACAGAGGGCUUCCUCCGACCACUAAGGGGCCUCAACAUCACCAUGAUGGGCGCCGGCCCUGCCCACGCGCUCUACUUCGCCUGCUACGAACGCCUCAAGCACUCCCUCAGCGACGUCAUCAAAAGUGGAGGCAACAGCCACCUGGCCAACGGUGUUGCAGGCAGCGUGGCCACCGUCCUCCACGAUGCCGUUAUGAACCCUGCUGAAGUGGUGAAGCAGAGGAUGCAAAUGUACAAGUCGCCCUAUCGUGGACUUUGGGACUGCGUUCGCACGAUGACCCGCGUGGAGGGCGCCGGCGCCUUCUACCGCAGCUACAGCACGCAGCUGACCAUGAACAUCCCCUUCCAGGCCGUUCACUUCAUCACUUAUGAGACCAUGCAGGAAUGGCUCAAUCCCCAGAGACACUACCACCCCGGCACGCACGUGGUGUCCGGGGCGGCGGCCGGCGCCAUCUCGGCCGCCGUCACCACGCCGCUGGACGUGUGCAAGACGCUGCUCAACACGCAGGAGAACGUGGCGCUCACUUCUGUCAACGUCAACGGACACUUGUCAGGAAUGGCCAACGCCUUCAGGACCGUGUACCAGCUCGGCGGCGUGCCGGCCUUUUUUAAAGGCGUGCGGGCCCGGGUCAUCUACCAGAUGCCGUCCACGGCCAUCGCCUGGUCCGUCUACGAGUUCUUCAAGUACUUCCUGACCAAGCAGGAGGCGAGACCCGCCGGCAGGAACGCAAAGUGAACGCGUUUGAGGAAGUCGGCCAGUUGUGACACGCCUCCUUGUUUUUCACUCAAAGGCAGAAGAAUCACGGACAAAUUCACACAGUCAUCGUUGGACAUUCUUUCCAGCGCACACAGCAGUGCGUGGAGCGAAGGAAGUCUUCAAUGAUGUUUACAGUAGAUAGAGCUCAUAGUAUUUAUUUAUUUGCCUAGCUUGUGAUUUUAAUGGCUGCAGAAGGAAGCAGCGCAACGCAACGCGGCUUUAUUUGCUUUCCUUCUCUGUUUAUUUAUUAGGAAUCAGUCGACACGGAAAAAUGAAUCCUCACUCCAAUUUCCAAGUGCCUCUUUUAGUCUUUUAUUGAGACAGUCUGUUUCCAUCAUUUUAGCUCCCCCCCCCCCCACAAAAAAAUUGAUUUUUUUUUGCUUUCUUAUCUAUUCGGACCCUUUUACCGUUUACUACGUUUGGUUGAUCCGGUAGGAGUAAAGUUCAUCUCCAAGCACGAAAGCAAUUUUCAAAAGAACUUCCGCUUCCAUGCCAGCGCCAUAUCGAGCGGGAACUCCACGUCAGGAAUGUUGCUCAACUUUCCAGAGAUGACGUCAUGCUGGACUUUUUUUCAAACGCAAACUUGUCUCACAAGUCUUACGAAAUCGAGAGCGCUUCAGCUGGUUGCAGCAGAGUACGAUGCUUUAUAUAUAUAUAUAUAUAUAUAUAUAUUUUUUUUUUUAAAUCAGAGGGUCUAGCGGUUCACACGUCCACCUCCAUGAAGUUGCACUGGAAGAUCAAUGAAUUGAUUUGCCAUAGCGAUUAGUUCUUCAAGCGUCUGUUGGCAUAUCGGUUCGCCGAGUGAGCCCAAUGAGCGCCCGCCUGCCCGCCUGCCCGCCGCUGAAUCACGCACACACACACUAUGCCCUCCCAUUUAAAUCGAAGGGACACAGGGCAGCUAUUGGAGGGCUCAACACUGACCUGACUUGUACAUAAACGUUGUUGCAGAUUGUAUCAUCACAUAUUUUUUUUAAUUCACCUUUCCACUCCCUUUGUAUUUUUGAAGAUAUUCACCAAUCCGAAGAAGAACAAAACAUUUAUUUUUAUUUUUUGGGGUCGAUGUGUACUUGCCACAAACGACAUUGGAUUGUAAGAAACGAUAUUUUUCUAUGCACCUGCUUUUUCCACUGUGCACACUCCAUUUGUUCAUUUUUGCUCAUAUUGCGGUGACCACUGUGUGACAUUGUUUCAAAUAUGCAAGAUGGCCAUUUUUUGUUUUUCGUGUGCGGCAAUUGAAGAGGACCUUUUUGUCAUUGUAGUUUUCCCCACUGUUUGGGUGUGUUUAAUGAUGGCUUUGUUUUUUUUAAUCAUUCAGUACACUUUAUAUAAGCCAUAGUUGCCCUCGCAACAUUUUCCCAGGAGCAAUUGUUUUGACGAGCUUUUAGUAUAUGCAUUUGCGUCAUCUGCGUUCCGUGAGGUAAUUGUCUUUAAUCCAAGUGAAGAAACCUGCCCGCCAUGUCUUUGUAGGUCACUCUACUUUUAAGACGCAUCCCACAGUGCGGGAUAGUGGGGGUGUGCUUGUGUGACUAUUUUGUACUUGUAAACUGGUUACACUUUUUACGCACUAAUAAGGCCAAUAGAAUGUCAGAUGACAUCAUUGUAACAAUGCUGCUGCAGCAUGCAACACUGGAGCUGAAAUAAAUGAAAUAGGAUGAAA